GGGCGGCGCCGCAGAGGGACGCAGGGCUGGACGGAGUUCGGCUCGCCGCAGCUUUCUCCUGGACGCCUGGCCUGAGGACACGAUGUCGGGUGUCUCCCGCCGACUACUCUGGGCCGCCACCUGCCUGGCCGCGCUCUGCGUGGCGGCGGCACAGACGGGCACCAGCAUCUCACCUCCCAACGUGACCGAGCCCUCGCCCGUGACCAUUACGCCGGUACCGACGACGCUCACGCCCACCGUGCUGCCAGACAUCUGUGAGAACCACAACAGCUGUUUCUCCUGUGUUAAUGCCACCACUGCUAACACUACCUGCUUUUGGAUAGAAUGCAAAGAAGAAAAUAAGACGUAUUGUUCAAGUGCAUCAGGUAAUUGUACCUCAGUGAACAAAACUGAGUCCUGUUCUGUCGAGCCUACCACCACUCCAGUGCCAACCAACUCUACAGCUAAACCCACACCUCGGCCUUCCUCUCCUGCACCUACCCCCUCAGCUGUCACAUCAGCAGGUGCAACAAACACCACCCUGACCCCAACCUCCCAACCUGAGCGGAAGUCUACCUUCGAUGCAGCCAGCUUCAUUGGAGGAAUUGUUCUUGUCUUGGGCGUGCAGGCUGUAAUCUUCUUUCUCUAUAAAUUCUGCAAAUCUAAAGAACGAAAUUACCACACUCUGUAAACAGACCCGUUCAAUGAAUGCAGACUGGCAGUUAGUAUGUAACUCACUGAAACCAAAAUACUAUUUCAUGAAGUCCCACAUGGAAGCCACUGUUCCAGGACCUUUACAUUUCCAAAGGAUGCAUACAGGAUAUUGUGGAGCAUCGUUCUUGAAGAAAAGUCAGUUAAACCAUUUUGCUUAACAGGAAUAUUUAAAAUAUUCUGCAUGAAUCCAUGUGGCUGUCAUCUUUUGUUUAUAGAGUGGCUGCUGCUGUGCGAUUAUGUUUUUCCUCUGAUAUGCCAAAUGUGACUCUCUAUAAGCUAUGGAAGGCGGUGUCCUGUGCCGGCAACCUGACUGGCAGUUAAAUGUAGUCAUUUAAAAACUAAAGUCUGUGUUAUUUUCAUCCUAACUCCAGGUGUGACUUAGUGGCCCAAAUUCAGAAGAGUGCCAGAUGGGCACCAGUCAGGUAGACUGAGGGCUUGACUUCAAAAGGAGACUAAAUUGACUAGUACUAAACUACCUUUAGAGUGUUGUGCUUCAUAGUUGUAUUUGAUACACUAGAAAUACGAUGCCGUGCAGGGAAUCACAUUCCAGAUUUAGAGAAAGGAAAGGAUGCAGACCAUUAAUGUGUAACAGGUUUUGUUCAUACUCAUAAAACACUGUAUUAAGAAAAAUAGAACAGUGCCUUAAGACAGACCGAGACGGCGGCAGAACAGAAAUGUAUUCACAUUGUGGGAGGUCAAGCUUGGUCUGAGAAUGUAACUGUUGGUGUGAGCAACAGUGAACCUGCUUUUAGAUAACAUGCUGUUAAUGUUUAAUUUAAACAUUGGUUUCUCCAGAGCGGAGAAAUAGAAGCUAAAGAAUAAUUCUAAGCUGAAAGGCUUCCUAUAUGAAACUAUCUGACAUUUUUCAUAGGGCUGUUGAAUAGACAAAAUUGAUUUGAUUAUCUUUCCCUCUGUACACAGAGUAUCCAAAUAUUACUAUAUCUUAAGGAUUCCUACCAGGUUUUCCUGAAAAGUAGUUUUUACAUGAGGUAAGAAGGAAGGAGUUUUAGAAUCAUUUUCUAGUACUUAAAAUGAGACAAUCACUUUGUUUUCUAAACAGAUGUGACCUGUGAAACAUAAAACCCUGAGGUUUGAGAGGAGAUUGCAGUGGAUUUCUGAUGAUGAUGCCCUGGCUGCAUGGGCUGUUCUCUCUUGACUCCUUUUCUUCCUCCUUGGCUUCAGUUCCCAUGUGCUGUAAUCAUGCGUACUUUUAUUUCUGUAGCUCUGGUAAAAUGCUAAUUUGUUUAGUUGUGGAGUUAGUGCUCCCUUGCCUCUGACACAUGGACUAGUUUAGAGGCUCCAAUUGGAAAUGGGCUUUUGGUGUCCUAUGUCAUUGAAGUUUUUGUGUUAGUUUCUUUAGAGUAGCAGAGUUUAGCACUUGGUUUCCAGUGUUUAUAGUAGGAAAUGAGAUUGCUUUGUUCUUUUCUUCAUAAAGUGAAACUCCCUGUACUCUUACAAUGAAGUUUCUGUGUCUUUGUCAUUUAUUGGUACAGCUGAAGUUUGUUUUACUUGCACAUUUGUACAUACACCUAAUGUUUUCAAGUGCCUUACUUGUUUAAAAUCUCUGGCUUCAAAGGUUUUUGGGGAAAGAUAGGUUUACCUCACAGUUUGUUUCCAUUAUAAUAUUCUAGGUACCUCACAAAAUUUAUUACAGUGCCGUGGCUGUUUUAAGUAAGUGCUAAAGUUCUUUUGAAAAUACACAGAAUUUUCAUUCCUUAUAAGAUGGCAAAAUUGGUGUAAUUGUCAUUUACCUCUGUGUGACUUCCUUGCCCAUAUAAAUGUCAGCACAUGUAGCAAGUUCUCUGAGGAUGUAACUUAAUUUGAAACUCCUGUAGUUUUGAGCACUGCUCUAACAUCAUAGACAGUGACGUUUUGCAAGUCUCUACAUAAGCUCUUGCUACAGAAUUCACAGCUGCCAUCACUCUUUCCCACCUUUGUUUCGUAAGGUAGUAUUUUGAGCCAUUAAUGAUUUUUGGGUUUUUUUUUUAAUCCAGAAGGUAUAUAGAAACCUUUUCAGAGUUUUCGUCUGAUUUGUCCUGAAGAUGUAGUUCUGUCAAAUACCUUAUUUUACCUUUACUGUACUUGCUGCACAAGCAGACACUGCUGUACUUAGAAGUUUCUAUUUGAGUUCAAUAAAAACUAUAAAACUAAUCUGUAUGUGUACCAAACUGAUUUAAAAUAAAUACAUGUUU